CCACAUUAAAACAUCAGCAGUACUGAGGAGUCAGAGCCCGACACACACACUGAAGACACUAUGGGUUUUUCUCGCUUGUUAAGAUCCAUUGCCUUUCUUCUCACUGUACUUCACCAAACCUCUGGAUUCUGGUUAUUAAACGUUAUCUUUCCACCGACAGCCAAACAACAACUUGUAACUAACAGCACUCCACCUCUUAUUAUAGUACCUGGAAACUUGGGUAAUCGCCUGGAGGCCAGAAUAGACAAGCCUACACUUGUGCACUGGAUGUGUUACAAGAAAACUGAACACUGGUUCCCACUCUGGAUUGACUUAAACAUGUUUGUGCCCAUUGGAAUUGACUGCUGGAUUGAUAAUAUAAGAAUUGUUUACAACAGAACAACUCGCAAGGCAUCUAAUGCACCAGGUGUGGAGGUCAGGGUACCUGGAUUUGGACAGACCCAUCCUUUGGAGUUUCUUGACUUAAACAAGCUAACAGGUUACUUUCAUACCAUGGUUGAACAUUUGGUUAACAUUGGAUAUGUUCGAAAUGCAACAGUCCGUGGCGCUCCAUAUGAUUGGAGAAUCGCUCCAAAUCAACAGGAGGAGUAUUUUUCACGUUUAAAAGGUUUGGUGGAGGAGAUGUAUGACGAGUACAAACAACCAGUCUAUCUUCUGGGUCACAGCAUGGGCAACAAUUACAUCUUGUACUUCCUAAACCAGCAGACCCAGGACUGGAAGGACCACUACGUAAAGGCCUUCAUCUCUCUUGGAGCACCUUGGGGUGGCGCUGUUAAGCCUCUCAGAGUCUUAGCAUCAGGUGACAAUGAUGGUAUACCCUUCGUGUCCAAUAUCAAGAUUCGUGAAGAGCAACGAAUGACAACUUCAAAUCCCUGGAUGAUCCCUUCUGAAGAGGUUUGGCCCAAAGACCAUGCCUUCAUCUCCACCCCUUAUUUCAAUUACACCAACCAAGACUACCCUCGGUUUUUCAAAGAUAUCGACUUUGAGGACGGCUUGUACAUGUGGGAAGAUACCAAAAACCUCACGGCCGGCUUGCCCCCACCUGGAGUCGAGGUCUACUGCAUAUACGGGGUUGGACUCCCUACCCCUGUGUCGUAUGUGUAUGACGAGCAGUUUCCAAACGCAGAUCCUAUAGAUAUUAUUUAUGAUGAUGGUGAUGACACCGUUGACAGUCGCAGCUUGAGUCUCUGUAAGCGAUGGAUAGGGAAACAGGAACAUGCCGUGCAUGUAAAGGAGCUCAGGGGAAUUGUUCAUCUGGACAUGAUCUUUAAUCACAAGGUGCUCACACUCAUCCAGAGAAUUCUGGAAGGAAAAUUCCCAGUGGAUGAAAACAUCAGUACUGAUAACCUGAAUUAAAACUCCACCUCGUAGAUGUUUGUAUAUAGCAAUGCAGAACUGUACUGCUAUUACACAAGUUUACAAAAGUCAAAACAUAAAUAU